GCCUAAAGAUGCAGUUAAAGCGCUAAAGAAAAAGCUUUCAAAAAACUGUAACCAUAAGGAAAUCAGGCUUACCCUGUCUCUGCUUGACAUGUGUAUAGAGAACUGUGGCCCAAGGUUCCAGUCUUUAGUUGUGAAGAAAGAUUUCUGUAAAGACAAGCUGGUGAAACUACUGAAUCCAAGAUACAAUCUGCCGAUUGACAUGCAGGAGAAAAUCUUGACCUAUAUCAUGACGUGGGCCCGAGGUUUCCAAGGAAUGGUGGAUGUGAGCGAAGUAAAAGAAGUUUAUCUAGAAUUGCGGAAGAAAGGAGUGGAGUUUCCAUCUUCUGACACCAGCAGAGGGGGACCUAAGGCUUCAUCUCAGCCUUCUACAAAGUCAUUGCCAUCUUCUGCUAAUCCUGCAAAACGUUCUUUGCUGCCUCUUCCCACAGGCCCAACGUUAUUGUUGAUUCCUGAGCAGAUUGCAAAACUGUACAGUGAACUGGAUAUGGCAAAAAUGAAUGUGCGAGUCAUGUCCUCAAUAUUAAAAGAAAAUGUUCCUGGCUCUGAAAAUCCGGAUGAUAUGAAUCUUUUACAGAAACUGUAUAAGACCUGUCGGAUGAUGCAGGAGAGGAUCAUGGAAUUGUUGGUGACAGUGGAGAAUGAAGAUGUGAUAGCUGAGUUAAUACAAGUAAAUGAAGAUCUGAAUAAUGUCCUCCUGGGACAUGAAAGGUUCUCUCGAAACAGAGUUCGUUUUUUGGAGAAUCAGAGAAUACAACGUGAACGCACAGAGCUGUACAGGAAACAGCCAUCUGCUCCCUCAAGUGAUCUACUUGACCUGUCCAUAGACUCUCCAUCUCCUGCGUCAGCAGUGGUGCAAACUGACUCUGCAGUGUCUCCUUCAGACCUCAAUUGCAUAUCUGCACACCCUGGAGAUAAAAACAGGCAUCAUCCAUCAAUUUAUCCACAGCUGGAUUUAGCAACUACUACAAAAGCUCAACAAAUUCCACUUGCAACUGAAGCACAAAACAAUAGCGUAAGCAACCCAGCUGGACAUUCAUAUAGCAAUUUGGCGACUAUUUUAAGCCCAGUGCCUCUGAAUCCAGUAAAUCUGCAGACUGGACAUACUACAUCAUUAAAUGGACCAUCACCAGCAGCUGCAUCAAAGAAUAAGUCACAGUCACCUCAUUACUACGAGAUAAUGGAGUUUGAUCCCUUGGCUCCUACUGAAGCUGUUUAUGAAGAAAUUGAUGUCAUGCUGAAGACAGAAGCUAAAAAGAAUACAGAAUGCUGA